AGAAUCACCAGCACACACACUGUCACACACAAAGAAAGAAAAGGAGCUAGCAAUGGCAGCACUCGCCGCCGUCGCCGUUCUCGUCGUCGCCAUGGUUAUCAGUGGCGGUGGCGGCGUCGCCGCGGCGGUGACAUCCAAGAAGCCAGUGAUCUACAUCUUCGGCGACUCGAUGUCCGACGUCGGGAACAACAACUACCUCAUCCUCUCGCUCGCGAAGUCCGAUUACCCCUGGUACGGCGUCGACUACGAGACCGGAUUCCCCACCGGGCGGUUCACCAAUGGCAGGACCAUCGGGGACAUCAUGGCCGCCAAGUUUGGCGUCCCGCCGCCGCCGCCGUUCCUGUCGUUGUACAUGACCGACGACGAGGUGCUCGGCGGCGUCAACUUCGCGUCCGGCGGCGCCGGCCUCCUCAACGAGACCGGCAUUUACUUCGUUCAGUACCUGUCGUUCGACAACCAGAUAUCGUCGUUCGAGGAGAUCAAGAACGCCAUGAUCGCCAAGAUUGGCAAGAAGGCCGCAGAGGAGGUAGUCAAUGGCGCCAUCUUCCAAGUCGGCCUUGGGAGCAACGACUACAUCAACAACUUCUUGCGGCCGUUCAUGGCGGACGGCAUCGUGUACACCCACGAAGAGUUCAUCGGCCUCCUCAUGGACACCAUGGACAGGCAGCUCACAAGGCUGUACGAUCUCGGGGCGCGCAACGUGUGGUUCAGCGGGCUCGCCCCGCUCGGCUGCAUCCCGUCGCAGCGCGUCCUCUCCGACGACGGCGGGUGCCUGGACGACGUGAACGCGUACGCGGUGCAGUUCAACGCCGCCGCCAGGAACCUCCUCGAGCGGCUCAACGCGAAGCUCCCCGGCGCGAGCAUGUCCCUCGCCGACUGCUACUCCGUCGUCAUGGAGCUCAUCGAGCACCCGCAGAAGUACGGGUUCAAGACGUCGCACACGUCGUGCUGCGACGUGGACACGACGGUGGGCGGGCUGUGCCUGCCGACGGCGCAGCUCUGCGACGACCGCACGGCGUUCGUGUUCUGGGACGCCUACCACACCUCCGACGCUGCCAACCAGGUCAUCGCCGACCGCCUCUACGCCGACAUGGUGAGCGCCGGCGCCGUACAGGGGAACGGGAACGCCACCACCGCCGCCGCCGCCUCCACCCCCGCGCCUCGCGUCGUCGUGGGCGGCGGCGCGUCGCCGUCGACCCACGCCGCGCCGCCUCCAAAGCCUUAGACGUGCAGACAACAGAUCGAUCGGCCGCCGUUGCGCCGGCACAACGCCGUCGCCUUUUCGUGUGAUUCGAGCCCCAGUCAUAUCUGAUCUCCAUUGUCGGAUGAGUUAAACAACAAGUGUUUGAUGAAAUGAUGAGUAGUGUCGCGAUUGUUCAACCAA